AAUCUGGUUGUAUGUGACCAGUCUCUAGCACGCAAGUGAACAAAAUGAAGAGGGGUGCGCACGCGGGUGCAGAUAAUAUUGGGUAGAGGUUCAGCGAAAUACAUGUAGAUUGUGCAUUGGAAUUUGACAAGUGCGUGCAGUUAUUUCUAGAUAAAUAGAAUCAAUAAGAUUGCGUGUUUUGUAUUACUCUAAAAUAAAAAAAGGAAAACCAGAACCAGGAUAAUUCUGCACCCAGCAAGUGGGCCAAUAAUUCAAAUAAAAAUCGGGAAUGUCGAAGUGGCUAACAGUUGAGUGUUCGAGUAAAUUAAAUAAUCAGCUUGAGGACAAGGCGAAAACUAAAAAUAAUAAUUUAAAAAAAAAAGAAGUAAAUACCGCGGGAGGAAAUGUCUUACAGUGAUGGCGGGCGCUCAAUACGUAAAUCCGGAUCAAAGUCGCCAAAAAAAUUACGAGUUACUAAAUUAGAAAACAGUGAUAAAGCAACAACAACAAUAAGCUACGGGAAUCAUCAUCAUCACCAUCACCAUCAUCAUCGUCAUCGGCAUAAUUUAAUUGAUGGACCACAACCGUCUAUACACAAACGUAAUCUCUAUGUCGUUUCGUUCCCACUUAUUCUUGUUUUUAAUGUGUUGAGAACUCUGCUUUAUCAGCUGUUUGUUGUUUUUAAGUAUCUGUACGCAUCGACAAACCACUUGAUUCGUAGAACUAAAGCAAAUAAAGGACAGUGUCAGUUUGAGAUUAUUGUUAGGCCUGAAACAAACGAUUUGUUGGCUGUAUCAAGUGAUAAAGAUAGUUCUGUUAUGUCGCAAAUAGCAAGAAGACCUGGGCCUGGUCCUGGUGACCCGUUGCUUGCUAAACAAAAACAUCAUCAUCGACGCGCAUUUGAAUUUAUUAGCAAGGCUUUGAAAAUUGAUGAAGAGAAUGAAGGACAUAAAGAGAUGGCAAUUGAAUUAUACAAAAAAGGUAUUGGAGAAUUAGAGAAGGGAGUUGCUGUCGAAUGUUAUGGAGGCAGAGGAGAAGUUUACGAGAGAGCACAGAGAUUACAUGAAAAAAUGCGAGCUAAUUUGGUAAUGGCCAAGGAUCGACUUGAUUUUUUAGCGAAUAUUUGUGCGCUGAAAAAACUGGAAGUAGCUAAUGACUGUCGUGGUGGUGAAAAAAGUACUGAGGAGAGUACUUCUGAUGCUUCUGAUAGUAAUAAUAAAAUAAAGUAUCCAAGAAUAAGGAAAAAUUUAUCGGUAUUACGGUCAAAUGAAUCUUUAAUGGACCCUAGUAAUAAUUCCAUCAAACCCUACAUCAAUAAUUCUCAUACUGCCAAUACAACUCACGGUACAAAUACACAUAUUAAUAAGUCGACAAUGCAAAGACCAUUGUCGCCAAAAAAUAACCAUACUCGUACUUCAGAAGCAUCUGGUAGGAAGCUGACUGUUGCGAGUAAACGUGUACCGGGGACAAUAAGUAAAAGUCAAACAUUACCGCGGAGUAUGGGUCGGUCGACACCAACACAUUCGUGUCAUCGGACGACACCAAUAAAGCCUUUGGGGACACCUCCGUCCAUGAAACGACAGUUAUCAGUGCCUGGAAAUGGAUCUCCUAUAAGACGUCCCGGUACACCUGGAGGUUCAAACAGCAACCGUGGAACUCCAUCGAGAAAAGUUCCAAUGUUAAAAGGAGUUGAUCCUAAAUUAGCCCAAGUUAUUUUAGAUGAAAUAUUAGAAGGUGGUACUGCAGUACAGUGGGACGAUAUUGCUGGCCAGGAAGUUGCUAAACAAGCGCUACAAGAAAUGGUAAUACUGCCGUCUCUUCGACCUGAACUGUUUACAGGUCUGAGAACACCAGCACGAGGUUUGUUGCUAUUUGGACCUCCUGGUAAUGGAAAGACUUUAUUAGCUCGUGCUGUAGCAACUCAAUGUAAUGCUACAUUUUUUUCAAUAUCUGCUGCUAGUUUGACGUCGAAGUAUGUCGGCGAAGGAGAAAAAUUAGUAAGAGCAUUAUUUGCUAUUGCACGAGAGCUCCAACCGUCAGUUAUUUUUAUUGAUGAGGUUGACUCUCUGUUGAGUGAAAGACGUGACAAUGAACACGAGGCAUCAAGAAGAUUAAAAACAGAAUUUCUUGUUGAGUUUGAUGGGUUACCUUGUAAUCCAGAUGAACGUGUUCUUGUUAUGGCGGCAACUAAUCGACCGCAGGAAUUAGAUGAAGCAGCAUUAAGACGAUUUCCUAAACGUGUUUAUGUUACUUUGCCAGAUCUUCAAACCAGAGUAACACUUUUAAAGAGACUUUUGGGUAAACACAGUGAUCCAUUGACAACUGAAGAGCUUCAUAAGACAGCAAUUCUUACUGAAGGAUAUUCUGGAAGUGAUUUAACUGGUUUAGCAAAGGAUGCUGCUCUUGGACCUAUUAGAGAAUUAAAUCCUGAGCAAGUAAAGGCACUUGAUUUAAACCUCGUUCGCAACAUCACUCUGCAAGAUUUUUUGGAUUCAUUGAAGAGAAUUCGCCGAUCCGUAUCACCGUCAAGCCUCGCGGCAUUUGAAAAGUGGAGUCUCGAGUACGGAGAUGUAAGUCUUUGAUUUAUAAAGCGCCCAUUUAAGGGCUUCCGUACUUGAAUAUCUGUAAUAUCUCUAAUAAGAGAAAAAAAUAAUAAAACAAAAAAGCGCUCACAUUUUUACUACCAUUUUUGCAUUGAGGAUAAAAGUACUGAAGGAUCUCAAAGCAAAUUUUGUUAUUAAUUACAUCCAUAAGUAACAGUGAGGAUUUUUUAAGUGAUACUAUUAGCAACUGCGAAAAGAUAAGUCAUUUAAUAAAUUUAAAUUGUCUAGAAAUUGGUAGAAAAAAAAUUGUUUCUAUAGCUUCAAUUAAUUUUUAAGCAUACUAAGAAUAGUUAAAAAAAAAAAAAAGGAGUAUAUUUACAUUUUUAAAUGCAACAGUGCACGUCCAUAAGGAUAAUAAAAUAAAAAUGAAGAAUAAAAAAA